AUGUUUGCAGUAGCAGUAUUCCUUGGUCUCGUGGCCGCAUCCUCGGCCAGGCCCCAGUUUGUAGAGAUGUUUAACAUGGCUUCAGCCAUGAGGUCCCAGGAGGAAACCAUGACCCAGGUGAGGAUGUUCCAGAACAAGAGUGCCAAGACAUCCUACUUCCCGUACCACGACACCUGGAAACAGUUCAAGAUUGAAUAUGGAAAAUCGUAUGAGAGUCCCGAGAUUGAACAAGGUCGUAAAGCUAUCUUCAUGGAAAAUGUUAAAAUAAUUGAACUGCAUAACAUCAAGUUCAACAACCGAGAAAAGAGCUACUUCUUGGACAUCAACCAGUUUGCUGAUAUGACCAAUGAUGAAUUCCGGGCUUUCAAUGGAUUUGGAAAAACAAUGGCACCUAAAGCACACCGAGCGUGUUCCAGUUUUCUAGGAUUUUCUGGGAUCAAACUGCCAAGCACGGUUGACUGGAGAAAGCGUGGAUACGUGACCCCGGUAAAGAACCAGAAACAAUGUGGAUCAUGUUGGGCAUUCAGUACG